AUGUGUAUGACGGAAACUGAUCUUGACCCAGAGACAAGAAAAAUUAAGAAUAUCCGAUUGUCAGGAAACGAAAGCGAAAUAGCGAACGUUCUUCGUGAAGAAAGCAAGCAAGGAAAUAGAGAUUCAAUUUUAUCAAAAAUUAUACUUGUUGCUAUCGAAACAGAGCUCAAGUCCGCUUCUGAACGUUCUAUUGAAAGUGAUGCAAACUUUCUUUUCCUUGUAUGCGCCGGCUUGUCAGCAGGAUUUGCCCUACUCGCCUUUCUCCAUAUGAACGUUCUUCGUGAAGAAAGCAAGCAAGGAAAUAGAGAUUCAAUUUUGUCAAAAAUUAUACUUGUUGCUAUCGAAACAGAGCUCAAAUCCGCUUCUGAACGUUCUAUUGAAAGUGAUGCGAAUUUUCUUUUCCUUGUCUGCGCCGGCUUGUUAGCGGGAUUUGCCCUACUCGCCUUUCUCCAUAUGGUCAUCGGUUUGUUAAUGUCCUGUAGAUACAGUAAGAACUAG